AUGUUCGCACCUACUGGAAGGUCAGUGGAGCCUGUUGUGAAGACGAAUUGUACUCUAGCCUAUAUCGAUAAUGGUCAGGAUCAGGAGAAUGAACUGAUAUGCAUGAAACCACCGCGUACAAAGCCACGGAAACCGCUAACACAAAUGGAUUGUAACCAAACUCCAGUCACGGUAACCUCCAGUUUGUCGUUAAAACAAGAAAAGAAAACUGAUCGGAAGGAUAUAUGUUCUACGCGGAAACGGACAGGCUUAGCGCCUGAAUCAUCCCCCAGAACUGGUUACGUGUCUCGUCGGAACGAAAGAGAAAGAAACCGCGUCAAACUUCUCAACAUGGGAUUUGAGCGUCUUCGUGCUGUGGUGCCAAGUCGUUCAGGAGAACAGUUAAGCAAGAUUUCCACACUUCGAAAAGCCAUUUGGUACAUAGAACACUUGGAUCGAGUACUGCACGGGCAAGAUAAAGUCUAUCUGGACGAGUCCACUGUGAACAUCAGUUCGUCUGGACUGAGCAAAAAGAAGCUUUAUGAAACGGAUAGCUCAACGGAUUCGUCAAGGACUUCUAGGACUAUUCAGCUUGGUGUACAGGGUGUAGCGACUGGACUGGCCUCCUGGUCUGGCCCCGAGAGCAUUGCAAAGCCUAACACAGGUGUCGGGGUCAGACCAGUCAAACAGAAACCACUUUCGCCCAUAUUCCCUCCACACUGGGGUAACAACAAUGGGUCAAGCGAGACAACAUCGUCUUCGACUCCACGAACUUUGGAUCGUCUCACAAAACUCCCGCAAUUCCAGCUUCCAUGUACAAAUCACGACAGGUCGCAACAAGAAUCUGGUUACGCUAGCCUCAGCACAAGUAGUCGUUUUCUUACUCCUGUCACAACAUCAACAGUGUCACCAAGAAAGCAUCUCCUGGCUUCGUUAGAAAGCUUUAGCAGCUUGUUCCCAUACUACACGGAUAUUCUAAAUCAACCAAGUUCUGAGGUACUCAACUUGACUCAGCCACAAACGCAUUGGUCACAUAGAAAAACAUGACAUUAUUUCCAAGGACAUGUUUUGAGGAGGAUGAAUUUCGGUUUGGACAGCUUCUUGAUAAGGCUCAAACAGAUACCCGGGUAUCAGAUGUCCGGAAGAAAGAUCACCCGUAAUUGAAGCUCCGAGAAUAAACUUCACUGCGACCUAAUCCCAUGCCGCACCGGUGCCGGAAUUUUCGCCAUCGUUUUAUUUAUAUCCCCUCAUUGAUUAUUUGUUCAUUUUUCAAUUUGUGAAUACACUGCUUGACAUUUU